AGGGGCCCGGCGCGCAGGCGGGGGGCGCUGUGGCCUCGGCGCGGGGACAGAGCGGCCGGGCCGGACCCGCCUCUUUCCCCUCCCCUCCCGCCCCCCACGCGUCGUGUCGCCGGGAAGCCGGGAGGAGACAGAGCGCUCGGGCUCCACGGCGCUCGGCCGGCCCGCAGUCCUCUGACCGCGCGGAGCGGAGCCAGGUGGCGCCGCCCGAGCCCAGAGCCGCGACCCACCCCGGCCGCCUUUGUCUGGGAGCGUGUGGCCUGGAACCGCCGCUCUCGGGGGCCGGGCACGCGCCCACCGCGGUCGGUGACAGCUCGUCCCUCUCGGAGGGCUCCGGGACCGAGGGGCGGGCGGGCCGGGCCCUGCUCGCUCGCGCCUGCACGCCCGAGCGCGCGUACCGAUGCCCCCGCAGCAGGGGGACCCCGCAUUCCCGGGCCGUUGCGAGGCGCCGCCCGUUCCGCCGCGCCGGGAGCGCGGGGCGCGCGGGGGGCCGGUGGUUUCUGUGGACGGACGGCCUGUGAGACUCCAGCUCUGUGACACUGCCGGGCAGGAUGAGUUUGACAAACUCAGGCCCCUCUGCUACACCAACACGGACAUCUUUCUUCUGUGCUUCAGUGUGGUGAGCCCCUCAUCCUUCCAGAACGUCAGUGAGAAGUGGGUGCCCGAGAUCCGAUGCCACUGUCCCAAAGCCCCCAUCGUCCUCGUUGGAACUCAGUCGGAUCUCAGAGAAGACGUCAAAGUCCUCAUUGAGCUGGACAAAUGCAAAGAGAAGCCGGUGCCUGAAGAGGCAGCUAAGCUGUGCGCCGAGGAGAUCAAAGCCGCCUCCUACAUCGAGUGUUCGGCCUUGACUCAGAAAAACCUCAAAGAGGUCUUUGACGCGGCCAUUGUCGCCGGCAUCCAGUACUCAGACACUCAGCAACAGCCAAAGAAGCGCAAAAGCAGGACUCCUGACAAAAUGAAAAACCUCUCCAAGUCCUGGUGGAAAAAGUACUGCUGUGUCGUAUGAUGUUGGCAAGAAACCCGGAAAAGGCAGUUUUUAGAUGAAGCCGAUAUUAGAAGCUAUAUUAGCUGACGUGACUCCUUUUAUUGUGUAGAACCUGGAUAGGAAACGCGUGUGUAUGCGUAUAACAGGUGGAGCUCUCAGUUUAUGUAUUCUUUCUUGCCUUCGACGUUUUUGUUUGUUUCAGCUUAGGGACCAGCCAAUUAUGCAAGAUAUUUCUGAAGGGAGUUGAGCAAUGUUCCCAACUCUGGAAAAGGAGAGCUCCGAGACCUCGGGAUUAAUUUAUAUCUGAUAUGAAAGAGACCCGCUCGGAUGUGGGUGUCAAGGAUGCAACUUGGCCGCGUUAUGAUGCGCAGAAGGACCAACGGCGAAAUGGUGUGGUCGACCCUCCCUUGAUGAAGGGCUACUCGAUGCAAGGACGUUCCGUACGCAGGCCGGCCAGGGAGCACCCGUCAGAAUUGCGUUUAAACGUCCACACUUAAAUCGUCCCGCCUGCAGGGAAGUGAACAUUCUUGAAGGGCCUGCAGCAAAUGUUUGUAGGAGACAAAAUGACCUUUAUUUCCCUUAAGUCAGCCAAAAUGCGCACACACACACACACACACACGCACACGCACACGCACGUACGUACGGCUAUAUUUGCUGCUGAUUCAGACUUUUAAACGGUUAAUGGGGAAAAGCACGGCCACGAAAAAACAGAUAUGAGGGAAGCUCAGGUUCCUGCUUUUGUUACUUUUUUGAACAGCUCUCUUUUUGAUGAUACCCUACUCAGAGAUGGGAUUUUAACUACGUCUCGGCACAUCUUUGAGGCCACCUGAAAACCAAACGUGAACAUCUCUUGAAACCUGUUUUAAAAUGGGUGUCUCUUGAAACCCGUUACGACAACCAGUGAAGUCCACAGAUGCCUUUCAGGGACCUGGCAGCAGGGCCCGGCGCUGUGUGUCACCGGGCUCGUGGGUCUGGUCUGCUGCGGCCGGCCGGGGGCGGUGG